AUGGACCUCGGGAAUUUGACAAUAGCUGAAAUCUUUCGUGGUCUAAACGAGGGUGACUAUGUCUACGAUGCAGUUGAAGAGAACUUACGGCGCCUGAUGAUUGAGGAAAAGCCAGAUGCCGUGCUUCCUGUUCGAGCGUGUGAUCGAGAUCUUAUAACUGAAUCGUCAGAUGCUGUGCUUUCCACACGAGCAAGUGAAGGAGAUCUUCUCACUGAUGGCUCCAAUCCCUCCCAUCAGCCAUUGGAGACCCUAUGCCAAGAAGAGCUUGCCAAGGAGGAAACUCUCGACCAAAAUUUGGACGACAAAAGCAAGGAUGACGGCGAUCAGGAAGUAUUCGACUACAAUCACUACGGAAAAAACAACGAUGACGAACUGAAAGCUAUGGCUCAAGCCGCAUUUGUCGUAUCCACCGACCCUGAAGGAAUAGGUCAUGAUGGCAUCAUAGAUGACAAAUCGGACUACAUGCCUGAAUACUACGACAACUUUCCUGAAGAAAGACCACACCUGACUGUUCUUCAUGAGUCGAAUGCUACCGAGGAAGGUCCCUAG